CAGAUGGCUGAAGAUAUGAAAAAGCUUCACAUAGUAAUGCUUCCAUGGUUAGCCUUUGGUCACAUGUUUCCAAACCUUGAGUUGGCCAAGCUCAUAGCUCAAAAGGGUCAUCGUGUAAGCUUCGUAUCCACCCCAAGAAACAUAAAACGCCUCCCCAAACUAUCACCAAACUUGGCUAUAUUCAUCAAAUACGUGAAGCUUCCAUUGCCCAAAGUCGAGAACCUUCCAGAAAACGCAGAGGCCACUACCGACAUCCCCUACGACCUCGUUCCAUUCCUUAAAAAAGCCUACGAUGCCCUCCAUGAACCUUUAACUCGUUUUCUCGAAUCUUCCAAUGCCGAUUCGAUCUUCUACGACUUUGCUCCCUUCUGGGUAGGUUCUGUUGCUUCGAAACUCGUUAUUAGGAGCGUGUUUUACAGCACUUUUCCUGCUCCAGUUCUAGGCUUCGUUGGGCCCGCUGAGUUUCUCACCGGCAAUGACCCGUUCCGAAAAAACCCCGAAGACUUCACAGUUCAUCCUCCGUGGGUCCCUUUUCCAACCACCGUUGCAUUUCGUUUAUUUGAAAUCAUGCGGAUCUUCGACAUUGUCUCCGGCGGUAGCUCCGGUAUUUCAGACAUGAACAGGCUCAGUUUAUGUAUCCAAAACUGUGAUGUCGUGGUAGUUAGAGGGUGCACCAAUUUCGAACCGGAAUGGUUUCAAGUGUUGGAGAACAUUUACCAGAAACCGGUUCUCCCCGUUGGUCAAUUACCCAGCACGGGGUUUGACGACGACGACGACGAGAAUGACACGUGGCGGUGGAUGAAGGAUUGGUUGGACAAACAAGCGCGUGGCAGUGUGGUGUACGUGGCGUUUGGAAGUGAAGCGAAACCGAGUCAAGAAGAAGUCACGGAGAUAGCUCUAGGGUUGGAGAAAUCGAAGCUUCCAUUUUUCUGGGCUCUGAGGCUUCAACGUGGGCCCUGGGACCCACAUGUGCUACGGUUACCAGAAGGGUUUGAGGAGCGAACCCAAGGGCGUGGAGUGGUGUGCACCACCUGGGCCCCACAACUGAAGAUAUUGGGCCACGUGGCAGUCGGUGGGUUCUUGAGUCACGCUGGGUGGACCUCUGUGGUGGAGGCUGUUCAGACAGAGAAGCCACUGGUACUGUUACCGUUUCUUGCAGACCAAGGGUUGAACGCAAGGAUGUUAGAGGAGAAGAAGAUGGGUUACACGGUGCCCAGGAACGAGCGAGAUGGAUCCUUCACGAGUGACUCGGUCGCUGACUCGGUGAGGCUGGUUAUGGUUGAAGAAGAGGGAAGGAUCUAUAGGGAAAAUAUUAAAGAGGUGAAGGAUUUAUUUGUCAAUAAGGAAAGACAAGAAAGGUACAUUGAUGAGUUGUUGCACUACCUUGGGACCCUGCCGAAACGUUAAUCUCGUUAUUGGGUUGGUUCUGAGCUUCUACUAGAUAAUAUUUGUUUUGUUGAAGUGAUAUAAUAAAACCUCUGUAUUAAUUAGAUAAG